UUUUGGAUUCACAUGGCUGAGUUUACAACAGAUUUGCAAGCCUUUAGGUCACCUUUUCAUUUCUUUGAUUUUGAUCCAAGCAUGGAACUGAUAAACCAAUUCACAGGGAUGAGCCCACGUGUCUUGGACAGCUCAAAUCUUAAUUUUCAGAGCUUGAUGCCUUUUUCCUGUGACACCUCCUUAGGCUUCCCUGAGCCUCAACUUGAAAGAAAAUUUGAGGAAAAUUUUCCUAGCUUUGUCCAUCAUGUCAAUCACAAUGCUGUACCAGUUUCUUUGCCCAGUUUACCUGAGGAAAGUGAAAUCCACGAAAGUAAAAAGAGGAAACCAACAGAUGUGCUAGAGACGAGUUCUACAAAUUCAACGUCUGCAGUUUUUGAGAGUGGAAGCAAAAUAAAAACUAGUUCCGGAAGAAGUAAGAGAGUAAAAGGCAAUGAAACAGAUGUGGACAAUUCAAAGGAAGUGGUUCAUGUCAGAGCCAAAAGAGGUCAAGCUACUGAUAGUCACAGUUUAGCAGAAAGGGUUAGAAGAGGGAAAAUCAAUGAGAAGUUAAGGUGCUUACAGAAUAUUGUACCAGGAUGCAGCAAGACUAUGGGUAUGGCAGUAAUGUUGGAUGAGAUCAUAAAUUAUGUUCAAUCCUUGCAGCAUCAAGUGGAGUUCCUCUCCAUGAAGCUUACUGCAGCAAGCAACUUCUAUGACUUCAAUUCAGAGACAGAUGCUUUGGAAACAAUGCAGCGAGCAAUGGCAGCUGAGGCAAAAGAGUUAUCCAAACAUGGGAGAGAAGGCUGCGUGGGAAUUUCUUGUUUUCAAGCAACCUGGCCCUUCUGACGUCAAUUUUGGAUGUUACUUCUCAUAAGCCAGUAGCCACACAAUAUAUGGGGAAGCCUUGUCAUUGUAAAAGAUCAGUUUGUUUUCACUCAGUGAUAUAAGCUCAAGUGCCCAUUCUUGUAUAAUCCUAUAAACAUGUGAAGAAAUUAUAUGAAAGUUAAUAAAAGCUCAGAGUUCAGAUGCA